AUGAAUGUUAAGACUGAAAGAAAAGAUGAGUCAACUAGUAGUAGUGAUGACGAAUUAGUUGAUACUCAAUACGACCCAAGUGACGUUACUCAGUACGAUUUAGCAAUAAGGUGGAUUAGUUCUGAAGAAUUUAAUCAAGAAACAUUAACAAAAAUACAAAAGAUUUUAUGUGAGGCAUUAGAAGAAAGAAUAGAUUCUGUUAAUAUUAUUACUGACUUAUCACUCUUUCAUUCAAUUAACACUAAAUCAAAUGACAUUGUUUUGGUUUUCAAAUUUACUGAAUCAACUUGUUUUAAACAACUUAUUUUAGGUCCAGCUCCUACUGACGUUGAGGCUGUUGAUAAGUUUAAAUAUUAUUGGGGCGAGUCUUGUGAGUUAAGAAGAUUUAGAGAUGGAAGACUAUUAUACGUUGUUUCUUCUGAUCGUUUGUGGACUGAAACUUAUUCUUGUAAUGAAUAUUUUAUUAAAUUACUCCUAACAAAACAUUUUAAUGUAAAUGAAAAUCAACUUGUUUCAAAUUUAACUAGUAUUACUACUGUACUCCCUCCAUUUAAUCAAUGUCUUGAAGUUAUUGAAUGUAUUAGUGAAUUAUCAAAUUUAAUUAAAGACUUACAAUUACCAUUAUCAGUUAAUACAGUUAAGUCGUUUGGAAGUUAUACUCGUUAUACUUCAUAUUCAAUUCCUCAACGAAUAAAGGAUUAUAACAAAAUCCAUCAACACAUGUACAUUGAUUCUAUUCCUUUAAUCAUUAAAUUUGAAGAUUCAAAUAAAUGGCCAGAUGAGCUUCAUGGUAUUAAAUUAAUGAAAUCAGCUUUUAGUAUUAAGAUCAAAGAGUUAUUAAGGGCACAAAGCAUUCUUGGAAAAGUAUUUUCAAAUAGAUUUGAAUUAUAUUUUAAAGGAUAUAUAUUUAACAUUUUAUUCGAUGUUCCACAAGAACUUGCUUUAUUAAGAAUGGGUAGUGGAGAUGGUGUAGAAGAUUAUAUAAAUAAAUAUCAAAGAAUUCCACUUACAUCUAUUUGGAUGAGUCAAUACCCAGGUAAAUAUCCUGCACUAACUCAAAGUUCUCGUCUCUUAAAAAAAUGGUUCAAUUCUCGAAUGUUUUCAAAUUACUUUAAUGAUGAUUUGAUUGAUGCCAUGACAAUUCAUUUUUUCCUAAAUGAACCAAUUCAUUCUCCUCAGAAAUUCUUCUUAACCUUUAUUGAAACUCUUGCUACUAAUGACUCUUAUCCAAUUUAUUUUGGUGAUAAUUUUGAUGUCGAAUCUUCUCGUGGUAUGGUCUUCAACUUUGAAGAUCAACCAGAAGUGUCUAAAUAUUUAAAUUCUAUCACACCAUCUGUCAGGGUAGUUAAAUAUCUUUGUGGAGUUGCUAAACAAUGUUGGAAAUUAUUAGAUUCUAAUUUCUGUCUAAAAACUGGAGUUAAGUUUAAUAAGGCAUUAUUUUCUGCUCAUUUACCAAAGGGAGGAGUACAAAUCAUUUUAGAUAAGUUAUUAUUGACUAAACAAAAUGUUAAUUAUAAUGAGGCACGCACCUCAAAUACACUCAGUUUAUUAAUGAAAGAAGUUGCUGUUGUUGAUUUUGAUCCAUUAAAACUUUUCACAAAUGAGUUAAAUAGGUAUUUUGGAACUGACAUUUUACUCUUUGUUGAUCUCUUAGAAGGUAGUACUAUUGUUUUAAUGUUUAACCCAUCAACUGCACUUGGUAAGCUUGUUACUGAAAAGAACGAAUCUUGCGAAUUGAGCACGUUACUUCCAAAAGAGAGUGUUAUGACUUAUGGAGAAUUAAAAAAAGUAAUCAAAUUGAUGGGAGGGUCUUUGGUAAAAGACGUAACAAUACUUUAA